ACCACUCCCAAAAUGCCAUGCUCGUUCGGAUUUAAUCCAACAACGGUUUAGCUUCUUCCGUCCGCUCCUCUUCCCCUUGCACACAUAUGUGUAUCUGUACUUCCUUCUAUGUGCGUAUCUGCGCGUAUAUGACUCUCCGCAGUAGUUUUGCAUUUACAUUCCCGAAUGUUGCUGCGUCCAUUACCGUUACCUACCGUUGCUGCCAUGUCAUGUCCACAUGUGAAUGCGCUGCGCUGCCCUGUUCCUGUGACCGUCAAGCAAUGUGUAUCAAUGUGUUUCUGUCAAAAGCAAGCAGGGGCGGGAAGGCACGUCAUCGCUGCUGUUGCUGCUAGCUGGCCAAGUAUGUCGUGCAUUUGGCACCCCAGGCACGUUCGGCCAUGGCAUUAUGGAGUCGAGCAUGUCAAUGAUGUGCAGUUUUUUUGUUCGUCCGAUCGAUUUUCCUGAUCCUCUGAUUUGUAAGUGUGGGGGGAAGGCGAAAAAUUUCCAUAAAAGCAUAUUUCCCAAAGAAGACAUCGAACUAACCGCGAGCCAAGAACGCGCGCGGCAAGAAGCGCAGACGAAUUUUAAGUCGGGAAGUCAGGCAAUUGUUCG